AUGGAUUCAAAUAUUGUGGACAAAGAUUCUUUAGAUGGCGAAAGACAAGAAGACAAUCCAACAUUGCGUGAUGGGGAGGGACAACCUCGAUUACAACAGUUCGAUCCCUCACGCCAAAAACUACUCGCCAUUCUAGAGUUAUCGCGGUCAUUUCACGCUGUUUUCCAAGGCGACACUAGCAUCGCAAGAUAUUUCAAAGUACCGCUUAUGAGCGACACUGUGGCAGAGAGGGUUGCCUGGCUAUUCAACGAACCGCAUCCGCAGGUCAUUGAAUCUGAGAACGAUGACUGUGGUGAUAAUAUUACUUGGAUAGACAUCAUUCGCGACCAUACGUGCGAGCCCAAGCUCCAGAGCGAUGGCAGCUAUUAUUGUCGCCUUGAGAAGCGCGGGGUGUUGGUCAAAAUAUCCGAGUACGACCGCAACUUGAUUUUCUCUGACGAUCUCCGAAACCUUGUUCACAUAAAAUCCCACGGAAGUGAUGUGCAGGCGGAAAAAGAUACGAUGACAGCAGUGGUUGAUAUGAAUAACAGCAUACUUGGCACUCUGGAUGCCAAGCUAGAUGCGCUUGAGAAGACAGACAAAGCUUCUUGUUCCGCUCAAGCUGGAUCAAAUUACGCGUGCAACUCUAAUGUAACCGACUUGCAAGAUCACUUGACACACAAAGCUUCCGCUAGGGGACAAGGAGCAAUGGUGCGAAAGAGAGGCAGAAAAAGUGGGCGUUUGCCUCGCAAUCCUACCUGGACCGAUGGGGAAUUGGACAAGUUACCCUCAUGGUUCGAGCCACGGCGCCAUCGGUCCCAAGACGAGAUUGAGCGUGAUUUCCUGCGCGACUUUCAUUGUUACCGAAGCUUCUCUGCCAUCCAGACCAAGUACUACGAUCAGAAAAAAAAGAACAAGAAAGGUGUCGGACACCGCAACAAAAGAAAGACUAUUCGCCUGCUUGUCCUGAAGAAUCUCCUUGCUCGACUUCUCCUCGAAGCCCUCAAGAGCUACACACAUUGGGCAGAGAGAUUGCUGAACCUGAGCAGUCACGGUCAGGGUAUCCUCACGUAG